AUGUCGUCACCAACAUCGAGUGCCGCCCACGAUCCGAGAUCGCGCCCCACCACGGUACCUUCCAAAUCCCGAUCGUUGGAAGCCUCGAGGACGCGGAGGCUGCUUUUUAAAAGCCCGCGCCGCAAGCAUCAGGCAACCAUGGACAGUUCCUCUCCUCUUCAUCCCUCCUCGUUCAACAAUCCCGCAGCUGCCCCUCAUCCCCAGGCUCCUACACAGAUACCCUUCCUGCAGUCACCUGCUGUCAUCCCUCCUCGGACUACAUCGUCAAACUUCGCUGCCUCGACAGUCCCACCAGCUUCAACAAAACCAAAUUCUAAAACCAUCCUAGAGAGCAGUUGGCUAUCAGGCUCCGCUGCAAACCCUAGUCAGACAACACCUGGCCAUACCCGCCAUCAAAGUCGCAAACCUUCUGUUACUUCCAAUUCCUCGUUUCCCUCAAACGCAAUGGCUCAACAACAACCGCCAGACCCCUCCCGUUUCGCAACCGAGGAUUUCUUCCUCAACACCAAGAGGCUAUGGACAGAACAGAAGGACAAGGUCCUCACAGCCCCAUAUGAUUACCUCAACGGCCACCCAGGCAAAGACUUUAGAUCCGCCCUCGUCAACGCCUUUGACGCCUUUCUCGAAGUGCCAAAAGAAUCCAAAGAAACCAUCACCAAGGUGGUUUCGAUGCUUCAUACAGCCUCCCUCCUGGUCGACGACGUAGAAGAUAACUCUCUCCUCCGCCGGGGUCUCCCGGUGGCGCACACCAUCUACGGUAUUCCCCAAACAAUCAACUCGUCCAACUACAUCUACUUUGUUGCCCUCCAAGAGCUCCAGAAGCUCAAGAACCCAAAAGUAGUCAACAUCUUUGCCGAAGAGCUCCUGAACCUCCACCGCGGCCAGGGAAUGGACCUCUACUGGCGCGACACCCUCACCUGCCCCACCGAAGACGAGUACCUCGAGAUGGUGGGCAACAAAACGGGCGGGUUAUUCAGGCUGGGCAUCAAGCUGAUGCAAGCUGAAUCCCGCAGCCUGACGGAUUGCAUCCCCCUUGUCAAUGUUAUUGGGUUGAUCUUCCAGAUCGCGGAUGAUUACCAGAAUCUCUGGAGCAGGGAGUACACCGCCAACAAGGGCAUGUGCGAGGACCUGACGGAAGGAAAGUUUUCGUUUCCGGUCAUCCACAGCAUCAGGAGCAAUCCGUCUAAUUCCCAGUUGCUGAAUAUCUUGAGGCAAAAGACUACGAAUGAGGAGGUGAAGAGGUAUGCGGUUUCGUAUAUGCAGAGCACGGGGAGCUUUGAGUAUACGAAGAAGGUGGUACACACGCUGAUUGAGAGGGCGAGGAGAAUGGCAGAUGAGCUGGAUGAGGGGAAGGGGAGGGCGGUGUUGGUGCAUAAGAUUUUGGAUAGGGUUGUUAUUGAUUGA